AUUUACGUGAUAUAACACACAACUGUAUUUGAUGGUGUGGAACCUAUUAUAGUGUAAAGCUUAUACGAUUUCAAAUCAUUCGAUUUAAUGUUAUAAUAGUUUGAUUUGUAUUUGAUGCUGGACCUUUAUGAAGCAGCGUAAUUAAUCGUGCACGCAGUUUUAAACUAAACAAAUUAAUUAGACCGCAGAAGUUAAUAAUUACAUCUUGAAUAAUGGCAAACAAUGAGGAUAAUAAAAGCGAAGGUUCAGCCGAAAUCGACGGUGAGAAUGAGAAUGACGAGAAUGAAGAAGCGGAGAAGAUCCUUAUCAUAGAUCCUGAUAGUGAAGAAUUAGAUUUCAAUCAUUCAAGAUUAACAAAAUUAGAAAAUUUGGAACCAUUGAGGAAAAUACAUAGAUUAUGUUUUACAUGGAAUCUAAUAAAGAAAAUUGAGAAUCUCGACACACUUGUAACCUUGGUCGAGCUAGAAUUAAGAGAUAAUCAGAUUGUCGAUAUAGAAAACUUAGAUGCUCUUAUAAACUUGGAGCUUUUAGAUUUAUCUUUUAACCGUAUCAAAAAGAUACAAGGAUUGGACAACUUGCUGAAUUUGCAGAAGUUAUACCUGUCGUCAAAUAAGAUUCAAUGCAUCGAGAACUUGUCGCAUUUAAAAAAUCUUACGAGUCUCGAAUUAGGUGACAACAAAAUAAGGGAAAUAGUUAAUCUCGAAGGACUUGAAAAUCUAACAAGCUUGUUCCUUGGUAAAAAUAAAGUAACAAAAAUUGAAAACCUGGCCUGUUUACAAAAUCUUCAGUUAUUAAGUCUUCAAAGUAAUCGCAUUACAAAAAUAGAGAAUCUAGAAGAGUUGAAAAACCUAGAUCAAUUGUAUCUAUCUGAAAAUGGAAUAACAUGCAUUGAAGGAUUAUCAAGCUUACCGAAAUUAACAACUUUUGAUCUGGCGAAUAAUAAAAUAAAAAAGAUUGAAAACAUUGAACAUCUUGAAGACUUGGAAGAGUUUUGGAUAAACAACAAUGAAAUUGAGGAAUGGACAACUGUAGAAAAUCUAACAGUUAAUAAGAAAUUACAAACUGUGUAUUUAGAGCAUAAUCCUAUUGCCAAAGAUCCAAAUUAUAGAAGAAAAAUUAAAUUAUUGUUGCCAUGGCUUGUACAAUUAGACGCGACACUUUGCAGAUAGAUAACAUCAUUCUGUAAAGUAGAUUUUUUUUAUAAUUCUUUAAAUUAUACCUAUUGAUAUUGUUGCUUAUCUCUUUUUAGUAUUAAUUAUGUAUCUACAAUCCUAGCAACGAAAGGUUUGAAAUAAUUAUGGCUUUUUAAUUAGAAAUGCAUUCCUUUUUUUUAUGUUUUACAUUUUACUAAUAAUCGUAUUAAUAUCGUUGUUAAAAAAUUGAAAUUGAUCAAUAUUUUCAUCUUUCGAAAUAUAAGUUUUCAAUGAUUAAAUAAUGUAAACCUGUCUCCUUUAUAUCUUUGUAUAAUUGUACAGCAUGGAUUGCUUUUUUCAUUUUAUCUACUUAGAUGCAAUAAUUUAUUUAGUUAUUGUUAAUAUUUUAAAAGUAUUGGAAACAUUUUAUAUCUUUUUAUAUACAGUAAUUUUCUAAUUGUAAAACUUGAAUGGCACUGAACAUGUUUUGUAUGAGAAUAGCAACAUAAGCAAUAGAAGGAAUUACUGGAUAGUAAUUCUACAAAUACAUUAAAAUUAAAUUAUUUUUAAAUCAAAUACAACAGUAUUCUAUUUGUAAUAUUCACAACAGAACACUCAAUUAUCUACUUUAUCAGUCAGUGUCACUGUAAAGUACAUAACUUCUGCAGAAUAUUUACAACAUAAGCAACUAAAUUACAUUUUCAUUCAAUUGAUGUGCAACAUACACUCUUUUAUCUUACAUAUACAUCUUGUACUGUAAUUUUAUGCUUAUUUAUAUAUACAUGUGAAAUAUAUGGAGAGUAUAUAAGUA